AUGUUCAGACCGACUGCGCCGCUCUCUGGCGGUCUGUUAUGGAAAAUUCCAUGGCGACUGUCCCCAAUGCAAAAGGCGCGCCAACGAAAGAGGUUAAAGCUAGUUGACAAGGUCGUCGACACCGUCAGCACAGCGUUGCAAAAGAAUGGAGGGAUGACGGCGAAGGCCGUGGAGAGAUGGUAUAAUGAAAUGCCCAGGGAAGAGGAGAUGCUCCCGAAAGACAAAUAUACCAUUUUCGAUCGCAAAGAGAAGAAAUAUCGGAAAGGCAUUCAUAAACUGCCCAAGUGGACACGGGUUAGCCAAAGAGUAAACCCGCCAGGAUUCUGA